CACGUAACUUGGUUUUGCUGGAACCUGAUUUGCUCGAGAAACUAUGACAAUACAGAGAAAUAUAAUAUUAGCAACAUCAAGAAGGAAAGAAGUUACUGUCAAAAACUACAACAUACCAGUUCAAGUCAUUCACGUAGAUAUCCUGAGGUCUUAACGCAAAGCCCGUGCCUUUUAACAAGGAAGCAACAUCGUUUACUAUCAACUUCAAAUCAGCAACUUCCUGUGGGAACAAGACAGUUUAUUCAAAGGGAAGUGACCAGCUGACCAUGUUUUGACAACUAUCAAGCAAAUUAGACUAUAUGAAUAGGAAGCACACACCUUAUAUCUUGAGUCAUUGUCCUUCGGUUUCCCAGUUAAGCUUAUUUCUUCAUCAAGCACUCUCAUCAAAGCAUGCAGCAACCACUCAUAUACAGUAGGGGCGACAGACUUGUGAUGAUGAUGAUCCACAUCAUUAUUGCUAUGACGAGAUGUUUGAGGACGUAGUGGAUACCCCAACCGAAGAAGAACUUGCGCAGCCAUUAGAGCAGCUGUGAAAUUAACAAUUUGGCCCUCCGUGAU